AUGUUGGAAGCCAGACUUGACCAGGCUGAUAUCCUGAAGAAGGUUGUCGAUGCUAUCAAGGACCUUGUUCAGGACUGCAACUUCGACUGCAAUGACUCCGGCAUCAUGCUCCAGGCCAUGGACAACUCGCACGUUGCUCUGGUUUCCAUGGCCCUCAAGGCCGAGGCUUUCUCCCCCUUCCGCUGUGACCGCAACAUCGCGCUCGGCGUCAACCUGGGGUCAUUGACCAAGGUCCUCCGCGCCGCCCAGGGCGACGAUGUCUUGACACUCAAGGCCGAGGACGCGCCCGACAGCCUAAACAUUCUCUUUGAAAGCUCCGAGAACGACCGCAUCAGCGAGUACGACCUCAAGUUGAUGGACAUUGACCAGGAGCACCUGGGUAUCCCCGAGACGGACUACGCCGCGACGAUCACCAUGCCCAGCAGCGAAUUCAGGCGAAUCUGCGCGGACCUGAUGGCCAUGAGCGAGUCUGUGACGAUCGACGCAAGCAAGGACGGUGUCAAGUUUGCAUGCAACGGUGACAUCGGCAACGGAUCCGUCACCCUGAGAAGCCACACCAACGUCGACAAGCCCGAGCUCAACGUCGACAUUGCUCUGUCGGAGCCCGUCUCCCUGACCUUCUCCCUCAAGUACCUCGUCAACUUCUGCAAGGCUGCCGCUAUCUCCAAGCAGGUCAAAAUCUGCCUGUCUAACGAGGUGCCACUGCUGGUCGAGUACACCCUGGUGGGCCAGAGCCACCUGCGCUUCUACCUGGCGCCGAAGGCAAGUUGA